AAAUCCUGCGUAUCAUUUGGAACCAAGUGGGUCUCGAGCCCGUGGCUCCUGAACACUGGCCGGGCCCAAGAACUCUCUCUCAUUCUGUAUUCGGUGUCUCCAUUCAUUCUUAGUGGGCCGCCUGGCCCAAAGACUCGAUAUUGCGCCUGUCUGUAACGUGUUGGGGAAAAAAUGCCGCAUUCAAAGACAGUGGACAUUUUCCAAAGCAGAAAACUGAAGCGUCGAACAAAUUAACCUUUUUUUGUUUGCAAGCAGUGGACAUUGAUUAUUGACGAAAUCAAGGCCGGAUCUAUUUUUGAGUGAAAGUAGCGAAUACACUGGCAUCUGGCACGAGAGCUGAAUCCUGACUUCCCGGAAACACGCGAACACACCAGCCGAUAUCCUCACACUGGACUCACCACACCGCACCGCACCGUACCGCAGUGAGUCCACCUCGGAUUCAAGUUUCAAUGUCCACGUUGGGCUUUUGUUUUAUUUGAACGGACGGCAACUGUUGGGCUAAUUUAACGACGAACGAUUUGUACCGUUGAGCUGCAGGACACGCAAGGAAGAAAGGAAGGACGACGAAAGUUGUCGCUGGGCUGCUGGUUGUCAACGUCGGCGGCUACGGCUACGGCUACGGCUACUUGUUGAAAAGUCACUGCUGCGACAGGGGGCAGAAGAAAAAAAAGAAGGAAGCACCUCGCUCGAUACAGUGACGCCCCACUGAUGGCCCCACUGAUGGCCCCACUGAUGGCCCCACUGAUGGCCCCACUGAUGGCCCCAGUGAUGCCCCAGUGAUGGCCCCAGUGAUGGCUCCAGUGAUGGCUCCAGUGAUGGCCCAGUGAUGGCAGAGCUCCAGAUCGACCAAUCCAACCUCCCCCGUGUGCAGGAAGCACGACUGCUUUUCUCUCACUGUAUGGGCACAUGCAAGUCAGGAGGAGAAGGUGUCUGGAUGAGCCACAUUCUCAAAGUCCAAUUGGUGGCUUUCGGCCCGCUCGCUCUCAGGCGCGCACUCAUGACGGCCUUGCUAUAGGACCCCCGACACAAAGGAGCCAGUGUGCAACGUCAUUGGGCAGAGCCGGCCGGUCCAGCGUGCCGACGGUGGCUGGAAAGCCAUUGGCGCUCUGAGAAUGGCACGUCUUAGGACCAGGACUUGAUACUGCUGGCUGGCUGGCUGGCUGGCCCGGGGGUGUCCCUCCCGCCUUUGUGCUUUGGGGCAAGCAAGAGCAAGAAAAGGCUUUGUAGCUCAGAUGGCGCCAAGUGCGCGCUUUUCCCUAUUGCACUCGAAUGCCUCCAAACCUGUUGGGCGCACGCUCCGCUUGCGAGUUUGGAAAAACAAGUUCGCCGGCAAUUCUGCCACACCCUGGCAGCGUUCGCACGUCGGCCGCCGCCACCUUUGUUGGUUGGCUUGUCUCGGCCGCGCCGCAAACGCAGACGGCUGCUCGGCAUCCUUCGUAGAGGCUUCGUUUGCGGUGACAGACUUUGGUCCACGUCUCUCUCGGCUUUGAAGAAUCAGAGUGCGGCUGGCCUCCGCUUGAACUUGGGGCAGCCUCGGUCGGGGGCUCCUCCCGCUUCACUUCACGGUCCCACUCUGGCCCGAGCGGCUCUGCAAAUGCCCGCUUUCUCCCAAGGAAACCCCUUUGACAUUCCGAGUUGUUGUUGUUGUGGUGGUUUUGAACUUGCACUUUGCUGUUGUUUCAGUGUGCCAAAGCUUUGCUGUGUUGGAAGAUGGUGUGUUGGCACACAAUCUCCAGGAGCAGGAAACCUUCCGCUCAUCUUAACACAAGAGAAUGACCUCCUCGAGCUACAAACACGUCUUAGGAGAGUGCCUUGAGAUACGAGCAAUACGACUCGAGCAGUACUACUCCAACAACGUUCAGAAGAACCAGCUGGUGCAGAACGACAUCCGUGUGGCCAAGCGGCUCCAGGAUGAGGAGGAGGAGCGGCGGCGCCGAGCCCUGCUGAGGCAAGAGUCCAGACAACUGGAGGAGGAGGAAGACGACGACUUUGAGUACGCUCGCCUCAUCCAGGAGGAGAUCCGGAGGCGGGCCCAAGAGGUCCGGAGGCGGGAGCGGGACGACCAGGAAAUGGCCGAACAGAUGCAGGAGGAAGAAGAGCUGAUGAGGAGGAGAGCCAGGGAAGAGGAGCACCACCGAGGCAGCUCCGGCGGCGGCGCUUGUAUGCCGCCGCUACCGAGCCAGCGUCAGCAUGCACUCAGCGGACGCCGUCCCGCUCAGGCGCUCUACUCGCCUACUACCAGCAGGUGGCACGAUUGUAACACUCGCAACCCUGCUGAGCACAGCCGCCCAUCACCGCCACCUUACCACCCUGGCCGGGCUUUUGCCAGCGAGUCGUUGCACCCACACUCGGACCGCUUUGAACAGAGAGCAAAUCAAAGACGCGACCCGGCGGCGGCGCCGCCUCUCCAUCGCCGAUUGUCACUUCGUCUACCUGGGGAGAGACACGGCCACUACACUCCUGGCAGCGUCGCAGAGGAAGAGUGUUACGGCCGUGCUGAGGAGCGGCAACGGGAGGUGGACCGGCGAGUAGAAAAUGGGCCGCCGCGGGCCGGCCAGGACGGGGCCUCGGGAGCAGCGGAGGCCGGAGAACAGCGGCGGUGGCGGCGCAGCCAAUCCGUCGGGGUUCACGACCGCCCGAGACGGGGCAGCGGAGACAACGCCGACAAACGCGUGCGCUUUGCCACGGGCGGCGGGAGCUCCUGCCGGGGCAGACCCCCGGACGCCAGCGUGCCGCGUCUGUGGCAGAUGCUGGGCCACGUCCUCCGAGAGCGAGGCGUUCCCGUCAGCUUGGGAGGGAGCGGGGCGCCGCUGAAAAUCACCCCCCAAAGUGGCCCGAGCCACCCCCCGCACGGGACGGCUUUCCUAAGAGCGGCCUCCGCCAGGCACAGUUUCCACGGCGACAUCCGGGAAAGGAGGAGCUCAUCCCGCCGGGAUGUCGGCGAGCGGGAGCGCAGACUGGACGGCCGCUUUUCCCACAUGGGUGGCGGAGGAGCGGGCAACGGCUGGGCGCGUCAUGACGGGGGGAGGGGGCUCGCCGACGUGCACGAGGAGCCGCCGGAGAGGAUCGCUGACGGCCACCGGAGCGCCGAACAAGCUUUCGGUUCAGACGAGGAGGCAGGAGGGCGGAGGGGAGCGCAGCGGAGCUUUCCGAGGAGAACCGGCAGCUGGCUCGGGCGGAGACGCUCGGCACCAGGAGCGUCGUUGCCCCCGAAGAAGAAGCAGAGCAGCCUGGACCUGGGGGACCUGCAGCAGGUCCUUCAUGAUGAGGAGCUGGCCCGCAAGCUACACGAGCAAGAAAACAACUUGUUGGCCGGGACCUCCCGACGGCCGCCAUGUGGUCGCUACCCCGAGGGGGACUUCCGGGUCGCACAGGUGGCUCAGGAUGAGGAAAUCGCUCACUACAUGCAGAAGCAAGAGAUGGAGUCAAACCGCAUCUCACGGCAGCUGGAAGAACCGACGUCGCACCGUCACGACCGGAGGGCGGCGCCAGACAGACAGGUGGAAUCGGAGGAGGGGCUCCCCACCCCCGUGGAGGACCGCUCUCUGGCCAGCCCCGUGUCAACGCUGAGACAAUCGCCGCCGGUCCAGAACAUUGCGGAGGAACUGGACCCGACCUUCCGGGCCAAGAGGCAAGGGGCGGACAUCCUCCAAACGGAGCAGAGCGCAGGCAGCGCCCGUCAGCGGCUUCCCGGCCCGCGGCGCUUACUGGAGGAGCCCGCCUUCAUCCCGCCCACCAAGCGUCAAAAGGACAAAGCCAAAGAAAAGAAGGAAAAGUGUAAACAACAAUGACACGGACAUUUGUACCCAUUCCAUUUUGGAUUCUUCCUGAAAGGCAAUCUAGUCUCAUUCCAAGGUCUCUGCGGAAGCGCGUACCAUCGCUGUCGGGCGGUGCCUCGAGACACGAGCGGAAGUCGUUGCGCGGCCACGCUCGUAACUCAAAAACUGCUGGUGUUGAUUUGGUGUGAAUUUUAAGGGGGGGGGGAGGGGGGGCACUCCGUAAGCUUGUACUUUACGGGAAUAUUCCAAUGAAGCAGCAUAAGUGCCUUGAGGAAUCCCACCAGAGUCUUGCCACAAGUUAGCCAGGCCUUUCUUUUUUUUUUUUUGGAAGGAUCUUUCCCUAUUUGCCAAAGUGAUGCUUUUUGGAAACCGGGUUGACUUGAGUUAGCUGCCAACGUGAAGCGCUCAUAUUGCAAGUCCAAAAUGGCUUGAAUGGCGGCUUGUAUCCCGUUUUGGGGCCACUUUGUUUUUGUUUCUUUAGCAUACAGCACAAAAAUAGUUGAGCCUUUUUUUUUUUUUUUUUUAACAUGAAAAUGGCAUUGUUAUUUUUCUAUUAUUUGUCGCUUGUCUUUCACAAUAUUUGCUUGAAUACAGCAGCACGUUCAUGCA